AUGUCUCAAAACUCGAUUCAACAAGCAACCUCAUUCUUGCUGGACGCUCUAAAGGAAAAUAAGCCAGAACAAGCAAAUUUGCAGACCAGAUUGCUUGAAAUGAAUCUAAUGCACGCUCCUCAAGUUGCCGAUGCGAUUUUUAGCAACAAAAUUUUCACUCAUUAUGACAGACCAUUUAUUGCCUCACUUUGUGAGAAAGCUGGUUUGUUACAAAGGGCCUUGGAACAUUAUACCGAGCCCGCAGAUAUAAAACGUUGCAUUAUUCAUACCCAAAUUUUAGAUACAGAUUUUGUAAUAAACUACUUUGGAAAUUUGUCGGUCGAUCACUCUAUCGAAUGCUUGAAUGAAAUGCUUAAAUUCAAUAUUCGGCAAAAUUUGCAAGUUGUGGUUAAGAUAGCUACCAAAUAUUCGGAACAGCUGCAGCCUCUUAAUUUGAUUCAGUUAUUCGAAUCAUACAAAACAUACGAAGGCUUGUACUAUUACCUUGGGUCCAUCGUAAAUCUCAGCACUGAUCCCGAUGUUCAUUUCAAGUACAUUCAGGCUGCUGUAAAGAUCGGGCAAAUUAAAGAGGUUGAGAGAAUCUGCCGUGAAAGUCAAUUCUAUGAUCCCGAAAAAGUGAAGAAUUUCCUAAAGGAGGUCAAACUUUCCGACCAACUUCCCUUGAUUAUCGUUUGUGACAGAUUUGACUUUGUUCAUGAUUUAGUAUUAUAUUUAUACCAACAAAACUUGACAAAGUAUAUCGAGGUCUAUGUACAAAAAGUUAACCCAGCUCGCACCCCAGUAGUUAUUGGUGGUCUCCUUGAUGUCGACUGUGAUGAAACAAUAAUCAGGAGCCUUUUGAUGUCUGUCACUGGUCCUGUACCCAUUGACCAACUUGUCCAAGAAGUUGAAAAACGCAAUCGGCUUAA